AUGUGCUCUUGGUAUUAAUAUGUACUCAUUUGUUGAGCUGAAAUGCUGAAUUUGAGAUUUUUUUUGUUUCUGUACUUGAGUUGUAUUUCAUGGCAAACUGCUCUAAACCUUCAAGCUUUGUGUUGAUUACAUUGUUGUUUCUUUUCAUUUUUUGGGUUUCCUUCUUCAAUUUUUCUCAAUUAAGUUAUUCUUUUUCUGGGUUUAUGAAUGUGUUGAAGACCCAAAAUAAGUUGGUUAUUUCUAGCUUAUACGUGCGUGCACGUGAGGAAAGGAGAGUACUAACAAGUACCACAACGCUUGCCAAAAUGAAGAGUAGCAAUCAGACAUGGGAUCCAUUGGUGGAGGAGUUUACUUUUGCAGCAAAUUCAACUCCGUUCAGUAAUUGUCAUGCUUCAACUAUUGUUGAGGUGAAUAAGGAUCAUUUCUUGGUUGCUUAUUUCGGUGGUACAGUCGAGGGAGCUCCUGAUGUGAAAAUUUGGGUACAAACUUUUAAGGAAGGCCAUUGGACCGCUCCUGUUAUUGCUGAUGAGCAAUUUAAUGUUCCAAUGUGGAAUCCUGUACUGUUUAAGCUUCCUUCCAGUGAAAUACUCUUAUUCUAUAAAAUCGGGCAAGAGGUACAAAAAUGGAGUGGAUGCUUGAAGCGGUCUUAUGAUGGUGGUGUUACAUGGACGAAAAGAGAACAGCUUCCUCCUGGUAUAUUGGGGCCAAUAAAAAAUAAGCCUAUCAUGCUGGAAAGUGGUUCUUUGCUUUGUGGAUCAUCUGUGGAGAGUUGGAACUCUUGGGGAGCAUGGAUGGAGAUGACAGCUGAUUCAGGUAGGACGUGGAGAAAGUAUGGUCCAAUAUACAUCGAGAAUAACCCUCUUAGUGUGAUUCAACCCGUUCCUUAUCAGACUGCAAAUGGAACAUUGCGUAUUCUUCUAAGAUCAUUUGCUGGUAUCAAUAAAAUCUGCAUGUCGGAAUCCCAUGACGGUGGUUAUACUUGGAGUUAUGCAAAGCCUACUGAAUUGCCCAAUCCUAACUCAGGGAUUGAUGGGGUUAAGCUGAAAGAUGGACGUCUUUUGCUUGCGUACAAUACCAUUUCUAGGGGUGUGCUCAAGGUAGCACUCUCAGAAGAUGAUGGAGACUCGUGGUAUGAUGUUGUCACACUCGAGGAACCUGUAGGAGAGUUCUCUUAUCCGGCUGUUAUCCAAGCUAGCGAUGGAUUAGUUCACAUAACUUAUACAUACAACAGAACACAAAUUAAGCAUGUAGCCCUUCAACCCAACUAAUGGAGUACAUCAACAUGAGAGAUAAAGAAGGGGAUCCUUUUAUUAAGUUAGAAGUUAGUUCUCUUCAGAAGAGGAUGAUAACAUAGACUGUGAUAAGCUAUGUAACCAAUUGAGGUGUGUUUAAGUAUCGUCCGUGCAAGAGAUUGUUCUUUGUGUUUGCAUCUUCAUUUCCAUGGAA